CGCUUUUCCUCUCAACGGGCAGACGACGACCAAUUCCAUCCGUCCUCCAUGCAACCGUCAUCCCCGUCCACGUUCCCACCGAACCAUCAUCUACCUCCGCUCGUUCUUUGUUUGUCAUUUUCAGGGAUGAUGCAGCAGCUGGGGAUCUGACUGUUGAGACCUCAUGCGUUCGUUGAUUUACUACCCUGUUGACUCCGACUCCACUACGAACCGAUCGCCGCAACCUCCAUGCCUCAACCAUUAAAGCGGAACAUUCUCCUGGAGUUCUGCCUUUGUUGAUUCUGGUCGUCGAAACCACGACCUUCACUUCCAACGUCUCUCGAUAUUCCUCCAUCUACCUACGCUCUCGCUCUCCCCUUGCCAGCAAAUGUAGCCGCAAUGCUCCUGCAACGUUCGCUGGUCGACUAACGACGUUCGAAAGAAGAAAAGCUGGGGAGGUAUCAGAAGUCAAUACCCUUAGGAGGAGACUCCUGUAGCUACAAACCAUGUCGGACCACGCUACAGAGAACGCACCGUCCUUAGGAAAUGGAAUUACAGAAUCAAUCAAGACCUCCCGUGAAGGGUCACCUGUUCGCCCUUCGCGCAGUAUGUCAGCCAUCCCUCAACUGUCUCCGUCCCGAAAGAGCAGUCAGGAAUUCAGUCCCACUCGAAGUGCUGCCACGAGUACAGUUCCCUCCGCCGCCGCCGUCCAACGCGCACUCUCGGCUCAAAGACCAAUUCAACUACCUGCUGGCAGAGAUGGAAUGGCUGAAGGUGGUCGCUUGUCGGAAAGAUCACAGAAACCAAACACUCCGGCAUGGCCAACGUCGCCGCGACUAAAAUCCCCUCCUCCCAAUUCGAACAAGUCUACAACGAGAGUGAGCACAAAAAGAAGCGAGUCAGAACCAACGCCAUCAAACACUUCUUUGAAGCGCCUCGCCACCGUUGCUCAUCCUGAUCAGGGCGCAGCCAUGCAAGUCCCUGAAAAUAAUGAAAUAUCGUUUCAGCCCUCCGCGCCCCUUCGUGCUCCUGGUCGAGGUCCUAGUGCUGGAGGAAGCGCCUUGGAGACGGUAGCUGAAAGCAGUGUCCCGUCCACUCCGUCCAUUGGUCCAGUCCAGGACGUGGUCGAUCACAAAAUCGAUGUCCCGACCCUUGACAAGCAAGUCGAGCCGCACACAGAAAGUUUGGCCAUUAAAGAUGGCGAGGGAAGUGGUGGCGAUGCGUCCUCCAAAGUUGGUGCGACCAAAGUCGACAACGGACGCCGAUCUCGCGCACCCAGUAACUCUCGGCCUGCGUCUGAUCUCGCAAAACGCUCAUUCACUAGUCUCGCAGGUGCUAAAGCCAAAACCGCAACAGAGCCUCCUCGAACAAUGACGGUGGAGACUGAGACGGUGACUUCCAUGCCUCAAUUGCUAGGUCCGGACCGAGGCGUCUCUGGUCGAGAUGGCAAUGGCAGUGUCCGGACCAAACCUAGCACUGAGACCAUUCGUCCAAAGAAGGAGAAGAAAAAGAGCUCUCGCAAACCAGCGUCCCUCCAUGCUGGCACAGUCACUUCCAAAGCUGAUCUCUUCGAGGCCAGGGUUGCCAGUGCUGUCGACGAAGCCGACACCUCCGACUCAGACGAGACUUUUGUAUACGAAUCGAAUCCGCCUGACAAUCGACCUUCUCGACACCACUCCCGGACCCCUAGUGCCACCUCUCUAGCUAGCCAAGAACAGUAUGGAGGUCGCAGUAAACACGGGGUACGGAACGGAAGCCAUGCGAUUGCAGGAAAAAAGAGCAUGAAGUUUUCAAACAGCACAUAUAACAAUCACCUCGAUGGCGAGGCUGGUCUGGAAGGUAGGGGAAGCCAGCGAAAUACUAGCACCACCCCCCGACACCAUCACAUAAGCCGACAUGGUCGACCACACCAUACUUCUAUCCUCGAUACAGAUUCUCCCUUUACCCAAGCCAACAAGCCUAACUCUCCCCGUGCAUCCGCUAGCAACCUUGCUCGAAAUUCCCGUCCAAAUAGCCCUCGGCUUGCCAAUGGACGACUCAGUGGCCCUCCUCGCAAAGGCGACCCAUAUGACAUAUCCGACGAUGCUGCAGAUGACGAGAGAGCUCCUUUAAUUGGUUCGGUCCGUAUCAACCGCACCAGAUAUAGUCGCCGACCCCACAGUGCGUCGUUUCGACAUUUGGACUACAAUGAUACCUAUGACCGAGGCUAUUGUAGCCGACAUGGUGGUUGCAUAUUCCUAGCUUUUGUCGUCGCUUUGAUAUGCAUCGGUAUCACCACUUUUGUGAUGGCUCUCAACCGGCCUUUAUCGGAUGUUUCGAUUAAGCAUAUUCAGAAUGUGCUUGCGUCCGAACAGGAGCUUAUGCUGGAUCUUCAUGUGGAAGCUACAAACCCCAAUCUGUUUGCUAUAACAGUGAGCGACCUGGACAUCAAUCUAUUCGCCGAGAGCGCCUAUGUCAGCUCAGGUGCUGAAUGGAGAAAGGAACAAGGUCAUCUCAGAUGGAUAACUCGCCGAUCUCCAUCGACCUGGGAAUUGAUGUGGCCACCGUGGCAUACAGACGACGGUAUUGAUGAGGGCACUGAUCCAAUAGACGAUCCCGAACCGGGAACGCAAAAGAUGCUCCUUGGGAGAAUUUUGGAAUUCGACUCACCCCUCGUUUUUGAGUCUUCACCAAUCCGGCAUAGCCAUACAUCGUCUGUUGGCGAGAUUCGAUUGGCAAAGCCAGGCAACAAAACCGAAGAAGGAGGGUCCGCGCGAUGGGAAAGAGUGUUGCAGCACCAGUUCGACUUGAUUGUGCGAGGUGUUGUCAAAUAUCAACUUCCCCUCAGCUCGAAGACCAGGUCGGCGAAGGUUGGCAGCCGAAUCAAAGUCUUGCCCAACGAUGAUAGCGGCGAUCAGCCUGAUGAUAGUCCUACGCCUACCCAAGCAUAGGGCAGGUUGGCAUUUGUCCGGCCUACCAUUUGGUUAUGACUUGAUACGAAUUUCGUUUGUGAUAUCAUUGAUGCCUCCCGGCCAAUGGAGGUUUCUAACGACCCCAGAUACCCAAGGAAUACAAAAAAGCAGCUGGGGCGCACUUAUACUUGACUAUAACAUACAUGAGGAGCGAAGAUUGGGAAAGGGAAAAUGUAAAGCAGGUAUGAACCAGCUGCUAGGCUUGGUCUUCGUAGUUGUCUUAUAUAGUGGCUACCUUGCCAUUAACUUAAACAGUGGAAUAAACCCGUGCAGGAAGUGAUUUUUCCAGUCCAGA